AUGUUCGAGUUGCCGGCAGAACUGACAGCUAAGCCUUUAGCGCUGAUAGGCUUGACUGGUCUCGACAUUUCAAAUCCGGUACAUCGCUCUAUCUGGGAUGCGUUCAGCAAUAAUCGUAGGCCGGAUUGCGCAGCUGUUCAGUUCAAACUGCUUAGCUUGUCGCACGAGUUUCCUACCGUUAAACCAAAGCGUAGCUCGUACGAAUGGUACAUACCCAAAGGAAUCUUGAAAAGGAACUGGAUGAACAAAUAUCUCAAUGAUAUUCCAUCUGUAGUUGUUGUAUUCUAUGAAUUAGAUUGGAAUGAUCCUCUGUGGAACGAGAAAAAGAUGGAAUGCGCGUCUAGAGUGCAAUCUUUAAGAGCUGCCCUCGAUGGAAGAAGUACAAAAAUAGCUGUAGUAUUGAUACAACACGCUGUUCAACCACUCCCUGGCGCCGAAGAUGUGGUCACAACUGAACGUGCGACAGCACUCUGCGGAGCCUGUGAUUUAACAGCAAAGUUUUUGUACAUUCUGCCACACGCUGACCAUUUAUUAGGAUAUAUAUCUAGGCUAGAGACGGCAUUCUAUGACUUGGCGCAAAAUUUCUAUCAUCACGAGUAUCGGAAUAUUAAAAGCCAUCGGGAUCAACUCACGAAAAAUGUACACCAAUACUUGUUUGUUCGUCAUCAGUUCAAGAUGGCAUUCUUGAAUGAGCUCAAACAGGAUUUGAAUCUAGCUCAGAAGCAUUACAUACAAGCUUACCACAACUUGUUCGAAACAAGAAUGACGGACGCGAACGCAGUGGAGAUAAAGACCAUUGCCGGCUUUGUAAAUUACAAGUUGUGCAGGAUAAUGUUUAGCUUAAAUCUACCGAAGGACGCCAUCUCUCAGUUUAGACUUCACACAGAAAGAUUUAAGCUAAAAACUGGCCCAAAGGAGCUCAUGUUCGAGCAUCACGCUUGGAUGAGCAGCCAAUUUUCGACGUUCGCCGAACUGUUCGACGAGGCUAUUCGUCAAGGAUUACCUGCCGUACAGACGCAACAUCCAGGAUAUUAUUUUCAGCUGGCUGCCAAUCACGCAGGCUUACGACAAUCCGCAUGUAAAGAGCUCUGUCAGAAUGUACAUAGUUAUCCAGAUCCAGAUCCGCUGUUAGGUGAGGAGAAACUUGAAUUUUACGGGCAACGGCCGUGGCGGCCUGGCAAGCUAAGCGCGGAGCCUGCGGACACGGCCAAGGAGGCCGUUGGCAUACAGGCUCUGCAAUAUAGGGAGAAAACUACGGUUAAUCAUUCCAUAAUAAUUAUAGGCUUACUGGGAAAUGCCAUAUCGCAAUUCAAAGUAUACCGUUGCCCGAGAAUGCGGCGUUUAUUGGUUGUGCAGAUGGCCGAGGAGUACUUUAAUUCUCGGGAUUACGGCAAGGUUUUGACAUUGUUGAUGCACAUGUUGUGGGAGUAUCACGGGGAACGGUGGCCGGUCUUGCUCACGGACAUCCUGAGGAACGCGCUGCGAGCUGCAUACUUGUCAACCAGUAUUCAGGACUAUCUCACUUUAGCCCUCGAUGCUUUAGGCUCGUCCACUACAUUCACGGAGGAACGACAAGCCGCUAUUUACAAUAACAUUAUGAACAUAUUGCAGAAAAAGCCACCAAAUCCGGAGCCAGACUUGCCGGACGAUGUUAUGCACCUCGCGAUGGAAAAGUGGGCAUCGGAACUGAAUCGUCCGGAGCCGAGUGUUUUUACGAUCGAUGACAAUAAUAUGACAUCGUUCGUUGACGUUAAGGCGCGGUUCUUGCAGCGAACGUACACAGUGAACACAAUGAUAACGGUGGAGGUUGUCAUAAGGAACUCGUACUGCGGCACCAUAGCGUUCUCCAACGUGUCAGUAACAGUCAGCGGCCCGGGUUACAAUACCGAAGUGCCAGUCAACGCUCAGCAGUCCGAUCUCGUCUUCCAAGCGAAGGAGAUGAAGAAGUUUUACCUCAGCUUUAAGACUCAUCAGAACGACGGCGUAGAGAUUCGCAUCAGCACGGUUUCGCUGCAGAUGGGCGACAACGCGCGCUGCUGUAUCGUGUUGCGCCUCUCAGCCAUGGGCAGGGAAACGAAUCUGUUGGAUCGUCUCUAUCCCGAGAUCCAACAACUUCGCGGGGGUGAUUUCGAGGCGAUAAAGCCAUUGAUUCACGCGGAGAUCAAGCAGGAAGAAUCCAACGUGAACUUGAACGCGGAAUCUAACAAUCCGGCGCUUCUAGGCGAAUGGCUGCCCGUCACGAUAUCGCUAACAGCUAACGAGAGUGUUACCGCGGUCUGCUUACACGUGAUACUCGUGUCGGACGGUAACGAGCUAUCGACCGAGUUGAGCGUAAACAUGCUCAGUAAGGAGUCCAAAGUGUCAAUCCUAGUUGGCGAUAUGGAGAAAAGCUGCUCGGCUAAGCACACUGUGUACAUUCGUGCGCACAAAAUAGGCGACAGAAAUAUAUUAAUAAAGGCGGACUAUUCUAGACCUGAACAAAUUAGAGGAAGCAAAGAAUUAACAUAUUCAUUGGCGGUGAAGAAACCGUUCGAAAUCGCGACGCAAUUCUACACCACGCUGUUCGAGCCACUUACGAAGGGAUUCGUCAAUGAGCCCUUUAUCAUUAUGCCUCACAUCACGUGCGUUUCCCCGUGGCCUAUAAAUAUUUUAAGCACAUCCGUAGAGCUGGCAGACUCCAUUCAAAGGGAGGGCAGCCCCGACGAUCAGGAAUCUAUCCUAGCGGGUGUUACGCUCUGCGACGGCGAGACGGGGACCGACGCGUACUGCCUGAUACCGAAAACGGGCGGUGAACAGCCGAUCAGCACUGGAAUAUACACUGUCAAAUGGAGAAGGGCGAACGACGAGAGUGCACUGGAAACCAGCAGUAGCGUGACUCUGGCUCCUCUGUGGGUGGAGAAUGCGGUGAUCGGGUUGGAGGCUAAAAUGCCGGCCCACGGAUGGGUCCGCACGCCGUUUUGUAUAUCGUACUUCAUAAAGAAUCAUUCGGAUUACCUCAUCACGCUACGCUUGGCCAUGGAAGGCAGCGACGCCUUCAUGUUCGCCGGGCAGAAGCAGAUCGACAUUUACGUACUGCCGAAAAAUGUUCGGAGAGUCGAUUGGGUCUUGCGACCGCUGGUCGCCGGUUUCGUUGCCCUUCCGACGUUAUCGCUAACCGUACCUGCAGAUGAGGAACACAAGCUGGGCAAAGGACGAUUGUCAGAGAUGGUGGAGCGUUCGCUGCCGAGCCACAUAUACAUACUGCCGAAAUCGCAGUCCUUCGGAGAAUGAGCGAACUCGUUUUUUUUUUUUUAAAGAAGAAAGUAUUAUAUAUCUCCUCAUCAACCUGAUACAUGAUAUAUUAUACUAAUUGAGCGUGACACAGGAAUUUUGCACAGGAAAAUGACUAGAUAAAAAUAACAGACAUGUGUAUUUCAUAUUUAUUGGAGUCGUACGAAUAUAUAUAAACUUGUUGAACAU